UUCAUCGUGUGUGGAGCUCUGGUAGCUGCUGUCGGGUACAAUGUCCUAGCUACGCAAACCACUGUGGCAGCCAGGUACUUUGGACUGUUCCUCGCGACCCAGGUCUUUGUGUCUAUAGCUCUAAUUCUCACUUGGGUCGGUAACACGCAUGCCACGGACUCCAAACGCGCAGGUGCCUUCGCCAUCUUAGCCACCGGUGGACAAUGUGGACCGAUUCUAGGGACAAACAUCUUCCCUUACAGCGACAAACCUUAUUAUCGCAAAGGGAUGUGGAUUUCAUGCUGUGCAUGCCUGGCAGUGGUCGUCAUGGGAUGCUGUCAGAUGUUUCUGCUAUGGCGGGCGAACCAGCGUCUGGACGGGGAGUCGCAGCGGAAUGGGGGCGAUUUGAAUGUGAACCAGUCAGAGAUUAGGGACGGAACCGACAAAAAGGUCCGGUAUGUCUUAUGA